AUGGGAAAAAAUCAGAGCAAACCUCAAUCUCCAAAAAAGAAAAAGGCCAACAAGAAAUUGUCACCGGAUGAAGCCAUUGAACUUGAACAAACCACUUACUGUGAGUUAUUUAUUAUAUUUUUUUCUCAUUUUUGUGUGCUUUGAAUUGAACAUGAGAACUUUUGCAGUCAGCCGGAAAGAAUUGAAAAAAUGGUAUAAAGAUUUUGUUCGUGAUUGUCCAUCGGGGGAACUUCGAAUGGAAGAGUUUCAAGGAAUUUACAAACAAUUUUUCCCAAAUGGCGAUCCUUCAAAAUUCGCCGCUUUUGUCUUUAAUGUCUUUGAUGAUAAUCAAGAUGGCCAUAUUUCAUUCAAAGAAUUUAUAGCUGCGUUAUCCAUCACUUCGAGAGGAACUCUUGAUGAAAAAUUGGAUUGUAUGUUUUCCACUUCCUGAAAAAAGAACCCAACAAAUAGUUUUUUUUCAGGGGCAUUUUCACUUUAUGAUGUGGAUAAAGAUGGUUUCAUUACAAAAGACGAGAUGGCAAAUAUUGUUGAUGCGAUUUAUAGUAUGAUUGGAAAUAUGUUGGAAUUACCUAAAGAUGAGGAUACACCACAAAAACGUGUUGAGAAAAUAUUCACAAAUAUGGACAAGAAUUUUGAUGGAAAAUUAACAAGAGAUGAAUUUAAAGAAGGCUCGAAAGCUGAUCCAUGGAUUGUUCAAGCGCUUACAAUGGAUAUGUCAUCCAACAAUUAA